AUGGUCCUCUUGCGAACCAGAGCGGCUGCUGCUGCCGACACGGACCGGAAACUCAGUUCCAAAAAAUCCGAGCCUGCAACUGAUGACGAACCCGUCAGCUCGACCGAAGAGGAAAUCUCCGACGUUGGCGGGUUAAGCGACGAUGAUCAUCACGGCUUCGGAGACAUCACACCACGGCGGGUUGGAGUUGGGUCGGGACCGACUCUCGAACAGAAGCUUGCUGCUGCUGCUGCUGCUGCUGCUGCUGCUUAUUCUGAUAAUAAUAAUAAUAACAACUAUAAUAAUAAUAAUAACAAUUCCGGUAACAAUCAUACACGGUCUUCGCAGCGGAGCAUCAAGAAACGCAAGCCCAUUGGUUAUCAGUCCAAGAACGGACGCAAGUCGGAUUCGUUUCAGAAGGGGUCUUCUUUUGUAUAUGGGUCGCCGUCGUCGAGUGCGCCGGUGCAUUCGCAAUCAGCUUCGUUUUCACCGUUACACCAGUUAGGCCAGUCUCAAACGGGGAAUGAUCACGUCGAAGAAACCGAGAGAAAUGGAUUUAGGGUGCCGAUUGAUACUGACCUGGAGAUUUCGAGUUCGAGGGCCGUCCCAGAGGUUCUUGGCUUUAAGCAGCCGCCUGAGCUUCCGCCAGCUAGUAUAUCGAGCUCCUCGCUGUUUACCUCGUCCGCGUUUGAUAUUGAGAUUCACGACUCUGAUGAUGACUCGCCUCUUAGUUCGGCCGUUAGUUGCGCCUCCCUUGAGGAGUUUGUGAAUGAAUGUUCGCGCAAGACCCAGUAUCUCUGUCCGAUGUGCAAGGAGCCGGUAGCGCCGGCACUAUUGGUCAAGUUCCAAGCGCAGCCCAGACAGCGUAUCCGAGAUCAGCAGGUCUUCUGUGAGUCGCAUAAGAAGUCCUCCGCAGAGAAAGAGUGGGAAGAGAAGGGGUAUCCAACGAUUGACUGGGAAAAUUUCCAUGAGCGAAUCCGCACUCAUUUCGACGACUUGGAGAAGAGGAUUCUCGUUCCAGAUAGUCCGUCCUAUUACAGAAACGUCUUGGACACAGCACUGAAAUCCGGCCAGGCCAAGAACUUCCGACUCACUCUAUCUGGUGACGUGUUAGAAACAAUAUCAUGCGGCUACUAUGGCACUCGAGGGUCAGGGAAAAUGCUACAAGCUAUUACAGCGCGGUUCGCCCGGAAGCUUCGCCAUCUAGCAGCCGACGACCAUAUCGUCAAGAAGGCCGGUGUAGUCGUUUACUCACAGGCCGUGCUUGUUCCAGAACUUGCAGUGAGACUUGUGAAGGAGGACAUGGGCGUUGACGAUGAAUCCGCGCGGCAGAUUCUACGAGAGAGUAUCGAGAUUGGAGAAAAGUUGAACUUUGCCCUGAGUGAUAGCGUGCCGGUCACGGAAAAAGCUGAUGAGCUGAGCUGAGUGCCCAGAAUUAAACACUUUCUUGUACUUGCUUCCCUUAUCUUCAUCAGUCAUCCAUUUUAGCUUAGUGUAGGUAGCUUAUUAUUAUUAUCAUUCCUAUUAUUAUUUUGCGCUCGUUGUCGAAAGAUACCUACUUGCCUGUAUAUAGAGAAUGUUCGCUCCUGAUACCAAAAUGUUUUUCUUGCC